ACCAGCGAGCAGAGCAAGGAAACAUCGCAGAGCUGAGCCCAGGAGCGGUGGGAGCUGUGGGGGCAGGAGGAGGAGGUGCCAAGGCAGAGCAUCAAGCAGCAAUCAACAGCAUGAUGAUGGAGAGAAUGAGCACCGACAUCUACGCCCUGAAGAAGCAAUACACACGAAUCAAAAGGCGGCAGCAGCAACAGGCUAUGCAAAUCUACAUUCGCACAGGACCUGGACCUGAAGUGGCCACAAGUGCAGGAGUUCCUCAGGAGCAGUCCAACAAACACAACAACAGUAUCGACCACCAUACUGACGGUACUAGUGUCAGACCCAACGGGUCAUCUGAAACUGGGUUUUCUGGGGCUGAUCUGAGGGUCUUGAAUGAUUCAUUCACAAUUAAAUAACAGUAAUUGAAUGAUUUUAAGGAGGAUAGUAGAGUACAUGAAAUCUUUUCGGAGACCAAAUCAUAAGUCUGUCAUGGAUUCUCAAGGCAGAUUUCCAAUUGAUGUUUUUCAUUGUGUUUAUGAUAAAGUAAGAAAAUAAACUUUCUUGCAAUCAAAAAAAUAGAUUUUCACAAGUUAGUCCGUAGCAAAUAUUGUACAGUUAAAUAAUUUUAUGUGCGAUUGUAAACAGGUAUAUUUUCAAUUCAAAUUAAUUCAGUAUGCUUUACUGGCAUGAAUGUGGCAGAAAAAAAACAAAUUUUUGUUAGUUUGUUGAUACACUGAAGAGAAACCCACUGGGGGGGAAAAACAUUGGAAAUCGGAUGAGUGAACUUCUGGCUC